AUGACUCACUAUCCCGGCCUUCGAUAUUUCUCCAAAGGCAUUUCCCUUGUGUCGCAGUGGACGGGGACAGAGCACCGCGAAAUGCAGCGGGUUUUUUUGGGUGUACUCGCAGGCGCAGUUCAACCCACAGUAUUCCGUGCUGCACGAGCUGUGCUAGAGUUUAUUUAUUAUGCUCAAUAUCACGCUCACACCUCGCAGACACUUGACGCCCUCCAAAACGCGCUGGAUGAAUUCCACGCACACAAGCACAUAUUCACGGAUCUUGGGGUGCGCGACGACUUCAAUAUUCCCAAGCUUCACUCUAUGAUGCACUAUGUCGACUCAAUCAAGUCCCGAGGUUCUGCAGACGGCUUCAACACAGAAUUCCCAGAACGUUUGCACAUCGAUUUCGCCAAAAAUGCUUACCGGUCACACCGGGCUACUAACAAGCGAGAUUAUGUAGCGCAGAUGACGAAGUGGUUGAUGCAACAGGAGAUGGUUGAUCAGUUCACAGCCUACAUCGACUGGCGGUUGCAGAGAUUUGGUGAGGACUUGGAGCCAGCAACCGGUGGAGAUGAGGAGGACAAUGACGACGAAGAGAUGCCAACCACCACGCCUACAAACAGUGACGAAGGAUCAACCACCCAGCCCAUUCCAGUAUCAAAACACAUCCUCCCAUCCCGUCCUUCAUUCAAGGCAUUGACCGUCGCUACUAUCACACGCACGUUCGGCGCUUUCAAUUUUUUGCCAGCAUUGACUCAAUUUCUUCGGCUCGAUGUAGUACCUGCCAAUGGCGGACUUAUUGUCAGCGAAUGGGAUCGGUUCCACGCUUAUCGACGACUCUCCAUCCCGUAUGAGAAGCUACCCGCCGUUCACAUGACCAAUGGUCUCGAUCGCAUUCGUGCUACUCCCCCAACUGCACCAGCUGGUCGUUCCUCUGGUACUGUUGGCAAAUUUGAUACUGUGCUUGUGCGAGUUGCAGGAGAUACUAAUGUGCACACUCAAGGGACUGCAUUAGAAGGUCUUCAAGUCGCACAACUGCGGUUGAUUUUCGAGCUUCCGCGUCACCUCACAAUUGUCGGUCAACCGAAUCCAAGUCAACUGGCGUAUGUUGAAUGGUUCCAGCCUUUUCGUGCGCGAGACGAAGUGUUUCAAAUGCACGCCGUGACUCGUGCUUAUGCUGGUUGUGCCCCCCGCUCUUCUAUCAUCCCACUGUCGAGCAUUGUUCACAGUUGUCAUCUUAUUCCGAAAUUCGGUACUCAAGUGGACAGGAGUUGGUCUGCAGCACAUGUGUUGGACAGUUGUAAGACAUUCUACCUUAAUUCAUGGAUAGAUAUGUACACUUUUUACAAAUUGUGCAACAACUAA